GUUGUUUGUCUUGCUCUGCUUCCGCGCUAGAAUAAAUGCAAAAGCGGUGAGUUGUUGUUGUUAAGAAGAUUCUUCUCAUUCCAAAAUUGUCACAACAUCGAUCACAAUUGAAAUCAUGGCAACUUUUAUCGAAGCAGAAGCUGGUCCUUCAACAAUCCCUGAACAAAGCGGAACAAAAUUAUACGAAAGAUUAACACAGUCCAGUGCAAAUCGAAGAACGUACGAACAUGAUGAUGAACGCAAUUCAGACGAUGCAAAUGAUGAUGAACUAUUUGAUGAAUUAGAGCGAGAACUAGAAGAAGAAGAUGAACGUGGUACAGGAACCAUGGGAAGACUACGGGAAGAACGUAUGGAACAAUUACGAAGCCAAAUCCGACAGGAAGAAGCCAUUAGAAAUGCACCAAAGGGAAGCGGACAGGUCUCAGAACCUUCGAGUGAAAAAGAGUUGAUGAGCGUCUUGGCCGAUAGAGGAGGAGAACUAGGUUCUGGAAGCGGACAGCCGAUCAUUGUGCAUUUUUAUCACAAAGAAUUCCGAAGAUGCGAUAUCAUGGAAACACAUCUUGACUCUCUCGCUGCUCAACAUCCAGAAGCGCUUUUUCUCAAAAUAUCCGUACUUUCUUCACCAUUUUUGGUAGAAAAGCUUGGCAUAAAAGUACUGCCUUGCUUGGUCAUCUUUGGUCGAAAAGUCAACGUGAAAGAUCGAAUCGUUGGAUUUGAAGAUCUGGGUAAUUCAGACGGAUUCACAACCCGCACACUUGAAUGGAGACUGGCUCAAGGAGGUGCCUUGCAUAAACAUCAAUCUGAACCGGACCAUCAGCGAGCCAUUGGUCUUGGACCGUACAUAGCACAAAGAAGUGCCGCCGAUGAUGACGAUCUUGAUUGGGAUUAAGAUUGUUUGUGUAGUUCAUCAUCCAUUAACAUGUAUAACUUAAUAAAAAUCAUUCUUUUAUCACUCG